AAGUACCUACCAACAAUGAAACAAUUUUCUUCCCAUCUUUACCCUUCCCUACUCAUCUAAAUUACUUCGCUUCUGUUCCCCUGUUCUCCCCAAAGUCAAUUCCCACCUCUCUUCUUCUCCUAUAGCUCAUCAUCAAUGGCCUCAUCCAUCACCCAAAUCUCUCUCUUCCUUCUAGUCCUAACCCUCUUCUCAGAAACCCAAUUAUCUCUAUCCCUCAGAGACCUCAAACCCAACCCCAACCGUCCAUCCACCUCGCUCCAAUCAAUCACAGACGUCCAUGACCUCCUCCCCAAGUACGGCCUCCCAAGGGGUCUGUUACCCGACAACGUAAGAUCCUACACUCUAUCUGACGAUGGAACCUUUGAGAUCCAUCUCGAAAACCCAUGUUAUGUUCACUUUGAUCAGUUGGUGUACUACAACAAGAACAUCAAAGGGAAGCUGAGUUUCGGCUCUGUUUCCGAUGUGUCGGGGAUUCAAGCCAAGAAGCUAUUUAUUUGGGUUUCCGUGACGGGGAUGCAUAUGGAACAAGGGUCUGAUUCAGUUGAGUUUUACGUUGGGGCUCUGUCCGAGAAAUUGCCUGCUAAACAGUUCGAGGAUAUUCCUGUAUGUAAGAGCAAGGCUUGCCGAGGAGGAGCUAGCGUUGAGUCAAUGUAGAAAUAACUAAAAUGGAGUUGGCAUUGGAAGAAGAAUAAAGUGUGCAUAUGUUUCUAUCUGUUGCAAGAAUUUUAUGCUAGUUGCUCUCAAGUUCUCUCCACACAAGUGGCCUACAGAAGCAAAUAUAUGUGCAUAUGAAUUUCUUGUUAGUUGCCACAAGAAGAAAUAAUGUAUUGUUAUUUCCUCUUCUGUGCCAACUACAGGCACUGAUCUACACCGUAUGAAUUAUAAGUAAAUAUACGUGAAAAUUUCAUGCUUGUCAAUGAAAAUUUGUGGGAAUGUUUUAUUA